GCUGAACCUACCUUCAGGAGAGAAGACAAAGAAGCCACAACGAAACUUUGCAAAGGAAUAUAUUUAUAGUUCAUUUUGCAGUUCAGUUUUUUUGUUUCCUUUUAUUGUUUUUAUUAUUCAGUAACAGAUGGGGACCACUGGGCUCGCAGUUGUGGGCAUUUUACUCGCCAUUUUACAGGUCUCUGCGUUUGUGACUACUGAGGAGCCAACAUUAAAUGUUGAGCAUUACAAGGGAGAGCAUAAAGGCCAGAACCAUCAACACCAACAUACUGAAGUGGACUGUGCUAACGACGUAGAGAGUGCAGCUGAUCAACAGGUGCCCAUUCUGGAAUUUCCCAAGUCGGGUGAGGGGCUGAGGAUGAGGAAGAGAGAAUGGGUUAUUCCUGACCUCCUUGUCGUUGAGAAUGACCGAGGACCCUACCCCCUAAAAUUAUCUCAAGUCCGUUCUAAUGCCGAUAAAGUGAAUAAGAUCUUCUACAGCAUCACUGGUCCAGGAGCUGAUCAGCCUCCUGUUGGCCUUUUCACCAUAGACAGAAUCACUGGUACGCUGUAUCUCACACAACAACUGGACAGAGAGAGGAAAGACAGCUACAUGUUUCAAGCACAUGCUGUUGCAGAAGGUUCAGCAAAUGCUGAGGCCCCUAUGGAUCUUAUAGUGAAAGUAAUUGACCAGAACGACAACAGACCUACUUUCGCUCAAGACAUCUUUUUGGGAAAAGUUCCUGAGGCUUCACCAAGAGGUUUUGAGGUGAUUAAGGUUGUGGCCACAGACAUUGACCAGCCAAAUACUGACCACUCAGAUAUCCGCUACCGUCUUAUCAGCCAGGAGCCAACGUUGCCCAGUGACUUCCUGUUUGUCAUCAACCCAAUCACAGGAGUCAUCAGGGUCAAUGCCAGUGGACUAGACAGAGAGAAAUACCCCAUGUAUACUCUGGUGGUACAAGCAGCAGACAUGGUGGGAGAUGGAUUGACUGGAGAAGCGAAAGUAAUCCUUACUGUCACAGAUAGCAACGACAACGCUCCGGCCUCUACUCAGCCGUCAAGUGCAACUGAUCAACAGGUGCCCAUUCUGGAAUUUCCCAAGUCGGGUGAGGGGCUGAGGAGGAAGAAGAGAGAAUGGGUUAUUCCUGACCUUACUGUCGUUGAGAAUGACCGAGGACCCUACCCCCUAAAAGUAUCUCAAAUCCGUUCUAAUGCCGAUAAAGUGAAGAAGAUCUUCUACAGCAUCACUGGUCCAGGAGCUGAUCAGCCUCCUGUUGGCCUUUUCACCAUGGACAGAAACACUGGUAUUCUGUAUAUCUCACAACCACUGGACAGAGAGGAGCAAGACAGCUACCCGUUUCAAGCACAUGCUGUUGCAGAAGGUUCAGGAAAUGCUGAGGCCUCUAUGGAUAUUACAGUGAAAGUAAUUGACCAGAACGACAACAGACCUACUUUCAAUCGAUCCACCUUUCUGGGAGAAGUUGCUGAGGCCUCACCAACAGGUUUUGAGGUGAUUAAGGUUGUGGCCACAGAUAUUGACCAGCCAAAUACUGACAACUCAGAUAUCCGCUACCGUCUUAUCAGCCAGGAGCCAACGUUGCCCAGUGACUUCAUGUUUGUCAUCAACCCAGUCACAGGAGUCAUCAGGGUCAAUGCCAGUGGACUAGACAGAGAGAAAUACCCCAUGUAUACUCUGGUGGUACAAGCAGCAGACAUGGUGGGAGAUGGAUUGGCUGGACAAGCGAAAGUAAUCCUUACUGUCACAGAUAGCAACGACAAUGCUCCGGCCUCUACUCAGCCGUCGAGUGCAACUGAUCAACAGGUGCCCAUUCUGGAAGUUCCCAAGUCGGGUGAGGGGCUGAGGAGGAAGAAGAGAGAAUGGAUUAUUCCUGACCUCAAUGUCGUUGAGAAUGACCGAGGACCCUACCCCCUAAAAGUAGCUCAAAUCCGUAGUGCUGCACAUAAUGUGAAUAAGAUCUUCUACAGCAUCACUGGUCCAGGAGCUGAUCAGCCUCCUGUUGGCCUUUUCACCAUGGACAGAAACACUGGUAUUCUGUAUCUCACACAACCACUGGACAGAGAGGAGCAAGACAGCUACAUGUUUCAAGCACAUGCUGUAGCAGAAGGUGCAGGAAAUGCUGAGGCCCCUAUGAAUAUUAUAGUGAAAGUAAUUGACCAGAACGACAACAAACCUACUUUCAAUCAAUCCACCUUUCUGGGAGAAGUUGCUGAGGCCUCACCAACAGGUUUUGAGGUGAUUAAGGUUGUGGCCACAGAUAUUGACCAGCCAAAUACUGACAACUCAGAUAUCCGCUACAGUCUUAUCAGCCAGGAGCCAACGUUGCCCAGUGACUUCAUGUUUGUCAUCAACCCAGUUACAGGAGUCAUCAGGUUCAAUGCCAGUGGACUAGACAGAGAGAAAUACCCCAUGUAUACUCUGGUGGUACAAGCAGCAGACAUGGUGGGAGAUGGAUUGGCUGGACAAGCGAAAGUAAUCCUUACUGUCACAGAUAGCAACGACAAUGCUCCGGCCUCUACUCAGCCGUCGAGUGCAACUGAUCAACAGGUGCCCAUUCUGGAAGUUCCCAAGUCGGGUGAGGGGCUGAGGAGGAAGAAGAGAGAAUGGAUUAUUCCUGACCUCAAUGUCGUUGAGAAUGACCGAGGACCCUACCCCCUAAAAGUAGCUCAAAUCCGUAGUGCUGCACAUAGUGUGAAUAAGAUCUUCUACAGCAUCACUGGUCCAGGAGCUGAUCAGCCUCCUGUUGGCCUUUUCACCAUGGACAGAAACACUGGUAUUCUGUAUCUCACACAACCACUGGACAGAGAGGAGCAAGACAGCUACAUGUUUCAAGCACAUGCUGUAGCAGAAGGUGCAGGAAAUGCUGAGGCCCCUAUGGAUAUUAUAGUGAAAGUAAUUGACCAGAACGACAACAGACCUACUUUCAAUCAAUCCACCUUUCUGGGAGAAGUUGCUGAGGCCUCACCAAGAGGUUUUGAGGUGAUUAAGGUUGUGGCCACAGAUAUUGACCAGCCAAAUACUGACAACUCAGAUAUCCGCUACAGUCUUAUCAGCCAGGAGCCAACGUUGCCCAGUGACUUCAUGUUUGUCAUCAACCCAAUCACAGGAGUCAUCAGAGUCAAUGCCGGUGGGCUAGAAAAAGAGAAAUACCCCAAAUACACUCUGGUGGUAAAGGCAGCAGACAUGUUGGGAGAAGGAUUGACUGGAGAAGCAAAAGUAAUCCUUACUGUCACAGAUAGCAACGACAAUGCUCCGGCCUUUACUCAGCCGUCGUAUACGGCAGCAGUUGAUGAAAACAAAGUCAACGCUCAGAUCUUAACGAUGUCAGUAACAGACGGUGAUGAACCACAUUCUCCAGCCUGGAACGCCAGGUUCAGUAUUGUCGGUGGUGAUCCUGAAGGACUUUUUACCAUCGAAACAGGAAGUAACAACCAUGAAGGAAUCAUUUCUACUGCCAAGGGUCUUGACUUUGAGAGGAGCAGCACGCACGCUUUGUUGGUUGCAGUGGAGAAUGAGAUUCCUUUUGCUGUUCCACUGCCCACUGCCACCGCCACAGUGGUGGUGACUGUGCAGGAUGUCAAUGAAGCUCCAGUCUUAGAUCCAGUAGAGAAGCAUGUGGUAAAACGGGAGGCCCUUGCUGUUGACAGUGAUGUGGUGCGGUACACCGCUUCUGAACCAGACACUGGACGCACACAGAAAGUCAUAAACGGUCAUCGUCCUGAAUUUAAUCUCUGAGCAGUUGAAAGUACACUGUGGUCCUGAGGGUUGCAGACAACGAGGGCAUGGAGCCUAUCACCCCUUUAAGGGAAAAUCCAGUUAGCCAGCCAACGCCAAAUCACCCUCUGAGGCUGUGGGCAAUGAGAUAUCAAUAAAUGCUUUUUAAAAUGUUCAAUUUGUUGUUGAAAUGAUAAGUGUCUAUUUAGUUGACAUCUUUAUCACAUUAUAAUGUCAACACGCUUUUUGGUGCUAUACCUCCAAUGGUACUUUAUUACCAAAGCUUUGUUUUUUAUCACUAUACAGCAUAUAUAAUCUGCUUAGAAAUAUUGAAUAGGAUGGAACACAAUGUAAUU